AUGUAUAAAAUAUGUUAUUAAUAAGGAAGCUAAAUUAAAAUUAAGUUUAAAAUUAAGUUUAAAAUUAAGUUUAAAAUAUAGUUUUAAAAAUAUUUUUUUUUAUUUACCUUUAUAUACUCUUGUUGAUGUUAGUAAGAUUUUAUCCAUAUCGAAGAUUUCUGCAUUGUAUGAGAUAUUAUGUGGUGAUACCUCCAUAGACAACAGCAUAAGUAAUAAUGGUCGCAAUGAUAAUGGAACAAAAAAUAAACAAUUUGAUAUUUUUUAUAAUAUUAAAUUAAAUUUUGUAAAUAUUAAUUUACAUUUAUUGUCUACAUCUACAUAUAGUAUGAAUAAACUGGAACAAAAUAAAAAAUAUGAAGAUAAAGUAGUGAGCAUAGUAGGAAGCAAAAACAUAAAAUUCGCAAAAAAAAAAAAAAAGCGUGGUAAAGAAAGUGGUAGUAAAGAAAGUGGUAGUAAAGAAAGUGGUAGUAAAGAAAGUAGUAGUACAGGAGGUGGUGUUACAGAAAGUGGUAGUAACAGUGUUGGUAACGAAAUUAGUGGCAGUGAUAACAUACACAGACGUCUUAUAAAUAUAAAAUAUAAAAAUAAUUUACCACAAUCAAACAAAAUGUUAAAAAAUUAUAAUUCCAUAAAAAGAUCACAAAACGCAAAGCUUGCAACUCCUAAUCAUAAAUUUGAUGGAAAAAAAAAAAACGAUAAAGUUCAUUUUUCUUAUCAUCCAAUUAAUCAGGUUAAUCCGUUUAACUAUAAAGGAAACAUUUCAAGUGGAAAGAAAAAAAAAAAAAAUCCAACCAUGAUGGAUAAAACUGUUUUUUUUUAUGACAUUGUUUUGAGUACGAAUGUAAAAAUAGAUGUAGAGAACAAAACAGGUGAUAAACGUAAAAAAAUAAAAAAUAAGGGUAUAACAAAUAAGGGUAUAAAAAAUAAGGGUAUAACAAAUAAGGGUAUAACAAAUAAGGGUAUAACAAAUAAGGGUAUAAAAAAUAAGGGUUUAAAAAAUAGUAAAAGUGAGUUAAAUCAAAAGAAAAUACAAAAACAGAAAAAUAUUUUUAACAUUUCUUUUGAACAUAUAAAAGUAAGUUGCGGUUUGUUAUAUACAAUUAUGAACGUUCAUAAUUUAAUAAAUAUUAUUAAAAUGAACAGGUGUAGUAAUAUGGUAAAUCGGUAUGACAAUAAAAAACAUUAUUUGCAUUUUUCCAAAAUUCUUAAUUUUGUUUUAUCACGAAAUGAGAAAUUUUCAGUUGGUACGUGUAAUGGUACGAGUAGUAGUACAGAUAGUGGUACAGAUAGUGGUACAGAUAGUGGUACAGAUAGUGGUACAGAUAGUGGUACUGGUAAUGGUACACGUGGGGCCUACUGCUUAUAUGGAAGCGAUCACAGAAAAAUAAAUAGAAUAAUAUUAAAACCGUAUAGUAUUUAUACCGUGUUCGAUAUAAUUAAUAUAUUAUGUUUUUAUAAAAAAAUAAGUUAUAAAUUAAGUGUAACAGAUUAUAUACAUACAAUGGUUGAAAAAAAAAGACAAAAAAAAAAUAAUAAUGGUGAUGGUAUUAACAAUGGUGGCAAUUACACUACAAAUAGUUUCAGUAGUAACAAAUAUAACAAAAAGGUAGAACAAUAUGACGAGGUAGCACUUAGUAGUGGCAGUAGUAGUGGUAGUGGUAGUAGUAGUGGUAGUAGUAGUAGUGGUAGUAGAAACGAUGAAAAGAACAACAAACAACUAUUUUUAAAUAAAAAAAAAAAAAAAAUUAUAAUUUUAAUGAUAAUAAUAUAA